CAGCAUCUGCGGCAACUCUGCCUCUCACCCGGACGAACAGACAAACCAGGCACCAACGCCAUAUCUCGCGAAAUGGGCGAACCCGGAAGCAGCGAGUAGCGCGAGACGAACGCCGACCCGAAUCCAAACCCUAGCGCCAGGACGGCCGGGCUUACCAACCCGGCGGCGAUCCCGACCCUCCAAAGCCCCAGCCCGGCGGCCGCCGCGGCCGGAUCUCGGGUAUCGAGGGAUGUCGGAGUCGGCGUCGAUGGCGGCCGCCAUCGAGGCGCGGUUCAGCAACCGCGACCUCAUCGGCCGCGGCUCCUUCGGCGACGUCUACAAAGGGUUUGACAAGGAAUUAAAUAAGGAGGUUGCAAUAAAAGUCAUUGAUCUUGAGGAAGCUGAGGAUGACAUUGAAGACAUUCAAAAGGAGAUAUCUGUUUUGUCACAAUGCCGGUGCCCAUAUAUAACCGACUAUUAUGGCUCUUAUCUUCACCAGACUAAACUGUGGAUAGUAAUGGAAUACAUGGCUGGUGGUUCUGUUGCUGAUCUUCUCCAAGCUGGUCCUCCUCUGGAUGAAAUGUCUAUUGCAUGCAUUCUGAGGGAUUUGUUACGUGCAAUUGAAUACCUGCAUUCUGAAGGAAAGAUUCACCGCGAUAUUAAAGCGGCAAAUAUCCUGCUCACAGAAAGCGGAGAUGUGAAGGUUGCAGACUUCGGUGUUUCUGCACAGCUGACUAAAACAAUGUCUAGGAGAAAGACAUUCGUUGGAACUCCCUUUUGGAUGGCACCUGAGGUUAUUCAAAAUUCUGAAGGGUACAACGAGAAGGCAGAUAUCUGGUCUUUAGGUAUAACUGCUAUUGAGAUGGCAAAAGGUGAACCCCCUUUGGCCGAUAUUCAUCCCAUGAGAGUUCUUUUCAUGAUACCUCGUGAAAAUCCUCCUCAGCUUGAUGAGCAUUUCUCUAAACCGAUGAAAGAGUUUGUGUCACUAUGUUUAAGGAAGAAUCCAGCAGAGAGGCCUAGUGCCAAGGAGCUUCUUAAGCAUCGUUUCAUAAAAAAUGCCAGAAAGACUCCAAAGCUUCUGGAGAGAAUCAGGGAGCGGCCCAAAUUUGCAGCAAAAAGCAUGGAUGACACGCAAAAUGGCCAAACACAUAUCGAAGAAGAUGAUGUUGGUACAGGUACUAUUAAGGUCGAUAGGGCAAAGGAUGCAGCUCCGCCUCUGAGUCAAGGAACAGUCAGGAAAGCUCCUGGCUGGGAUUUUCCUGAUAGAUCAGAGGGUACAGGAACUGUACGUGUUGGUUCAAGGCCUCCUCAAAUCACCUCCACCAAGGAUGGUAGAUUUGAUAUGCCUCAAAGUCCAAAUACACCAAGACGUACAGCUGAUCGAGAAAAUCAGUGGAGAACAUCAUGGACUGGAUCUGAAGAAUCGCCCUCAACAAACUUGUCUCAGAGAGAUAUACAGAGUGAACGUGGGAGACUAGAAAGUUCUACAGAAGAUAAUGACCAAUCUGUAAGUGGGUCAGGAACUGUUGUAUUACGCUCUCCAAGAGCAUCUCAUUUGUACUCAGCAGCUGCCAAUCACAGUUCCAAGCCUCCCAGCAGAUUUUCCUCGUAUGAAGAUGUGUCUUCCAGUGGGACAGUUGUUCAGAGUCAAAGUGAAGAACCAGAAACUCCACGAUCUUCAAGGUCAAGGUUGGGGAUCCAAGAAAAGUCAUCAAGCGCUUCACUUGAGGAUAGUGCUAUUAACCUUGCAGAGGCAAAGGCUGCUCUGCAGGCUGGGUUAAGAAAGGGAAAUGCUCGAGAAAAACCUGUUAUCAACAGGCAUGAAAAGGAAUCACAUGAACAUAGAUUUUCUGGAGUAAAUAGUCAAGUGAUCCAAAGUGAGAAUGUAGACAUUCAAAAAGGUCGCAAAUCACGGCAAUUAUCUGAUGGGCAAUCAGCUCCUCGAGCUUCUAGUUCGGUAGCUUCACCUGCAAUCUCAUCAUUGAUAAUCCCUUCUCUGAAAGAGGCUACUGGCGACAAGUUUGAACGGCCUGCUGUUCAUGCAUUCAUUGAUUCCUUGAUGGAUCUAGAACAUGAGUUACCUGGAUCAUGCGAGGUACUGGUCGGCAGAUUGAUACACCGGCUAGGGAGCUCAAAGGAUUCCUCGUUGCAAGGUCUUCAGGAUACAGCAAUGUCAAUUUUCACAAAGAAACCUGAACCUCCCUCCGAACUAGCAAGCAACAAGAAAUUAGUUAAUACCCCACCAUUGGCUGCUCCUACCGUAAGCCCUCUGGCGAGGUUCCUUCUUACAAGGUGGCAAAACCAAGUUUCGCAAGAUCUUAAUUCUGUCUGAUCAAGUCAAUACAACAAAGGAAGAUGUUUCAUCUUUGAUUCAGUGUAUAAUUAAUUUUUGAGUGUGCAUAACGCUUUCUUUAGAAACUCUCUUUUUGCUAGAUCUCAGCAGCUUGUGCUGCCAUUUGUUGUGUUCAUCGUGAAUAACACAUUUCCUGCUCAUUCUCUGAUGUAACUGCAACCGCCGCACAUGUAUAACGUCUCAGGAAUAUUGUCAACAUAUCCAAAUCUUACUAGUUACCGGUCCUUAAAAUUU